UACAAAAUUUCAUCAUCAAUUGAUAUGCUGCAAACUCUCACGACGGUAACUAUACGAGUGUUUCUAAAAUAUGAACAAAUAUGUUACGUUUCAGUGACAUCACGAAUGAAGAACAGUGAUUGGUUGAUGGUGUAAGGUGGGCAGCCAAUGAGCGGAGAGGAGUGCAGUGGCCAGCUGACUGGGUUAUGUUACCAACAACACUAUACCAAGCUAUAUGCAGGUCAAGAUAUCAGGCUAAAUCUGGACCCUCCUGAGCAGAGUACACGCAAGAUAUCAGGCUAAAUCUGGACCCUCCUGAGCAGAGUACACGCAGUCUUGCAUGCUUGCUCGCUCGCACACUAUGCUGGGAAGACGGGCUGUCCCUCUAAUAAAAUGGGGGUCAAUGACCUCUUCAUUAGGAGGGAGACGACACCUUCAGGUAACAAAUUGCAGACAAAGAGCAAAGCUGAUAGAUGGAAAGAAGGUAGCAGCUGAAAUUUAUGAAGAACUUUGGGCAGAGGUUCGAAGCAUGGUUGAACGUGGAGAGCGAACACCUCACCUGGUGCUUGUUCGGGUGGGACGUGACCCAGCAUCUGGCACGUAUGUCAGAAAUAAAGCAAGAGCUGCAGAUAAGAUUGGGAUUCAGAGUACUGUUCACCACUUACCACAAGACACCAGCCAGUCUACUCUACUGCAUCUAAUAAAUCAGCUCAAUGUAGACUCAGAUGUUGAUGGUAUUCUAGUGCAGCUUCCACUACCAGACCACAUGGAAGAGAAAGUGGUGUGCAACUCUGUCAUUCCAAGGAAGGAUGUUGAUGGGUUUCAUGUUAUCAACAUUGGAAGGUUUUGUUUAGAUAUGAGCAGUAUGGCUCCAUGCACCCCGUUAGGGGUCAUGGAGCUUAUUAAGCGGUAUGACAUAGAGACCUUUGGCAAGAAUGCAGUAGUUUGUGGUCGUAGUAAGAAUGUUGGGAUGCCCAUUGCUAUGCUGCUGCAUGGAGAUGGUAUUCGCACAGAUGGAGAAAUUGGUGGUAUGGAUUCAACAACAACUAUAUGUCAUCGCUAUACACCAAUGGAGCAACUAUGUUUCUUUCUUGCUAGAGCAGACAUCAUUGUUACUGCAACUGGCCUUCCAGGUCUCAUCACUGGAGAUAUGAUCAAGCCAGGAUGUGCCAUACUAGAUGUUGGAAUUAAUCGAAUCACAGAUCCUAUUACAGGCAAACCCAAACUUGUUGGCGAUUGUGACUUUGAAAGUUGUGCAGAAAAAGCCUCUUACAUAACUCCAGUGCCAGGUGGUGUGGGGCCAAUGACUGUGGCCAUGUUGAUGCGGAACACAGUUUUAGCUGCUAAGAAAAAUAUAAUUUAUUAAAGCUGUGAAACUAA